AUGGCAUCCUCCUACUUCACGCUCCCCUCAUUCGCCCGAGCAAAGAAGAACAAGGAAGAUCUCGAGAAGACGAACCCACAAGAGCCUGUUCUGAAGGAUGAAGAUGAGAAGUUUCUGGAGAAGCAGAUAUCGACCGACGAUGCCGCGAAACCCCAGCAAAGCGACGAAGCGCCCGCUACGCAGAUAACGGAUGACGGAGAGGAGAAGGAGGUCUCGAAGGAAGAAGCUGGUGGGGACGUUGUUGUGCCGGAAACGCAGCCUGAAAUUAAUGUCGCAGGCGGAGACGGGGCGACCGAGGGUGAUGCUGGGCAAUCGGCGGACAAGGAAGAAUCGCAGACCACUGAGCAGAGUACCGAGGGCGCAACAGGGGACCAACAGUCAGCGGGACAAGGCGACGACGGAGCUACAGAUGAUGCAACGUACGACGAUAAGAUGAAAGAGGAAGCUGCGGAGGCGAAGAAGGCUCGUAAAGCAAAGAAAGACGACAUGGAUCUACCCAGCCAGGAGGACGCCGAAGCAGCUACUCGUGGCUUCAACGCGCAGGCGAACCAAGAAGUAGAGCAGCCGCAGAGCGAGAAGCGGACCUGGACGUCAUACAUACCAUCCGUGCGGCCCAGCUCUCGCAAGGCGGCCGAUACCAGCACAGAUCAGCCCUCUGCGCAGCCAGAUCAACCAUCCUCCGAAGCCACCACCACCGAAGGCGAAUCCUCCGCCACCCCCCAACGCACCUGGACCCAAUACGCCACCUCCAUCGUCCCCUCCCUCCCCGCCUCCUGGAAGAAAUCCAGCAAACCCGACCCGGACGCCGACCCCCAACCCGUCUACAACGAAGACGGCACCAUCAACGAAUCCGAAACGGCCGCGCAGCAAGAACGUGAAGUCUCCGUCCUCCUCGACAACCUCAACCUCAGCAGCAUCAACAACCGCGUCUUCCCCCUCACGGCCGAGACGCAGAAGUACUACGACCGCUUCGCGCAGUGCCUCAAAGACUCUAUCAAUGGCGCGCCGACGGCGUAUGAUGAUAUGGAUAAGUUGAUGCGGGAGGCGGGGCCGAGGUUGGAGGAGCAAUUUAAGUCUAUGCCGCCUUUCGUGCAGACGCUGGUGAAGAGUUUGCCGGCGAAGAUGGGGAGUGUGGUUGGGCCGGAGCUGUUGGCGGCGGCGAGCGAGAAGCCGGGAAAUGAUAUGAAGACGAGGAUGGAGGCGGCGAGUCGGCCGGAUAGUGGGGUGAAUAUUCCUGAUGCUCCGGCGGCGUCUUCAGAGGUGAAGGAGGCGGAUGAAGGAGACGGGAAGAAAAAGAAACGCACGAUCCCUGGCCUGAAGAGUCUGGUCGGGGAGAAGAGCGCGGUGGCGUCGAUGCUGCGGAGUGCGGUCACGUUCAUUCAGACGAGAUUUCCGUUCCUGGCGAGUAUGACGAAUGUGGUUAUGAGUCUUGCUGUGUUCAUCCUCAUGUUCGUCUUCUGGUACUGCCACAAGCGCGGCAAAGAAGUGCGGCUCGCCCGUGAAGCCGCGGAUGCUGAAGGUGGUGAUGAAGGAGAUCUCGAGGAGAUCGAGACGAGCGAUGAGGAUGAGGAUGUUGAGAAGGUCAUUGAUGAGCUGGAGAGGGGCGACGCGGACGUUGAGAAGGAGGUUGAUGAGAAGGCCAAUGUGCUUAGCCAGCCUAAUCCGACGGAGGUGCCCGUACCCGCAGAUGAGAAGGAUACCGCAGCAGCUGGGGAACAGAGGACGGAGACUUAG